AUGAAUGAUAUUGAUUCAUCAUUAAAUAGUCAUAAAAUAUUAGAUAAUUUAUCAAUAAGUCAUUCUGAAUAUAAUAAACGGUCAGUAAACACUAGUAAUAAUAGUAGCAACAAUCAACAGAUAGACCAACAGAUACCGAGUAGUCAAAAUCAUCAACAAUCACAACAACAACAAGAACCUGAUAUACUACAUAUACAACCACAACAAAUUAAUUCUAUACAUUAUCAACAAUAUCUACAACAUUUACAACAUCAACAUAAUCAACAACAACAACAACAACAAUUACAUCAAAGAAAUAUAGGUAGAUCACCAUUAUAUCCAUCAUCAAAAUUAUAUAGUCAACCACCACAAAGUUUUAAUUCAGAGUGGAUUGAAGAAGGAGAUACAACUAGUCCAAUAAUAUCACCAACUAAAUCAAUAAAUUAUAAAAUAAUAGAAGAGAACAACCCAAAAAUGUCAUCAACAUCAACUACUACUCAAAUAAAUCAUAAAUAUGAAACUCCUUCAAAAAAUUUAAAAACUUAUGCAUAUAUUACGCCAAAUUCAAAUCAAAAAAUUGGAAAUACUCCUUUAAAUAAUAAUGAAACAUUUUCUGAAAAUCAUUCACAAUCAUCUUCUAUAUCAACAACUAUUGAAUCAUCAGAUAAAAUAAAAUCUACAACUACGACCACCACUACUAUUCAAAAAUCCAAAAGUAUAAGUAAUUGGAAUAUUUUUUGGUUAAUGUUGAAUGAUAUAGUUGGAAAAGAUAAAAUGGCAAAAGUUGGUCAAUAUACUUUGAGGUUGUUGGUAUUUUAUGCAAAUAAGUCUCAACUAUAUUUAUCAGAUGAAAAUUUAAAUAUUAAAAUUAUAAAUAAUAGAUAUAAUGAUUCAACAAAACAAUUAGAAUUAAUAAAAAAUUUUAUAAAACAUCCAAAAGAUUUUAUAAAAAUUAUUUUAAUUCUUGUUUGUUCUACUUUUAAAGAUAGAAUUUCAGGAGUUAUAAAUGGAUUAUCUAUGUAUAGACAAUUUUUAAGAUUUGGUAAAACUCCAUUUAGGAUAAGAGAUUUAGUAAUAAAAUUUUCAAAAAAUAUUAACUUAAAUAAGAACAAUAAAGACAAUAAAGAUUUAGAAAUAAAUAAAUCACAAAUUUUUAAUAGAACAACAUUAGGUCAAAUUUUUUCAUUAUAUUAUGGAAUAAAUGAUGAAUCAAUUUUGCUUUUUAAAUUAAAUUUUUUAAAAUCUCCUAAUUUAAAAAAAUUUGUAACUCAACAUGAAUCAUAUAGUUGGUAUUGUGAAACUUGGUUAGCUUUAUAUAAUGCUUAUGAAGAUUUAAAUAAUUUAACUCAACAAGAAAUGGAUUUAAAAAUUCAAAUUCAAGUUAAAAAUAAAGCAAGAAUUUUAUCAAAACAAAUAUUGGGGAAUAACACACAUCAAUCUCAAGGACAAUUUUUUAAUCACUCUAAUACUAGUUCAAAUUUUAUAAAUUUAGAAGAUCAAAAAUUAUUAAAUUCAAUUCAAUUUAAAAAAAAUAAUGCAUGGUUAGAUAUUUAUAAAAAUUUAGCAGAUUUAGGUUUUAAUACUUAUUCCGUUUUUAAUAUUUUAUUACCAUUUGAUACUUGGCAAAUUUGGAUGGGAAUAUUAGCUUCAAGUUUAUCAACUAUUAAAUUAUAUAGAUUAAAAAAGCAAGAAUUAUUAAUUAAUAAUUUAUAG